UCAUUUCCGUGCUUUGUUGAAGCGGAUCGGAGCCCGUUAUCUGAGAAGAGAGUGGGCCCUCGCCAUUUUCCACGUAGGUUUUUGAUGUCGUGCUGAACCUCUGCAGACGACUGAGGAAGUAGAGGUGAUGUCGUACUUUCUUCGCAGUCACGGUCUACGGUGUGUUGGUCUCACAGCUGCUGGUGUUGUGCAGCUUGGCUGCUAUUUCGGUACAAACCACUUGUUGAUGGAGCGAGCUCGUUGUGGCAAAAAGCUUACCGGGAGAUUCAGCAGUGAAACUGGUGUCUGAGCCUCUGACAAACACAUCUAUUAUAUUACAAGUAAUAGACUUGGAGUGACACAAGUGAAAUGGGUGGAAGCUCCAGUCAACCCCAGUCUGCCGACAGGCCGGCAGAGCAAAAUGUUCAGUCCUCUGGUACCGCUGAGCAUCAGGAGAAUGCAUGUUCUGCUGAAUUUCUUGAAUCCCAAAGACGAUGGCAAAGUCACCUUCAUCAAAUGUUGCACAAUGCCCGAAUUCAAGAUAUACCAGGAAUGAGGAGGUCAAAGCACAGCUUUAUGCUGAAUUCCGUCUUGCUGAUGCUUCUGGUGAGCCGAGUUGCAUGUCUACCGGUGAAACCCGUGCCUGAUGACGAUAAACACGAAUUUGAUGCUACAGACUCGGGCCAGCGAGCUGAGGUCCACAGCCGUGAACUGAACAAAAACUUCCAAACCAAUGUUGGCCAGGACAACAGGAACGGAGCUUACAGCCAGCUGCGGGAAAAGGUUGAGACUGGAAAAGUUAACGUGGAUGAAGGAGCUAAGAGUGCCUCUAAUACCCUGGGCAAAAUUAUUGGUGACAGCGUACCCAGUAGAAUGACUGAAGAUCGGAUGUUGACCGCACCUAAAAUGGAGCUGGACACAUUGCAACGAAGCGAAUGGUCUGGUUGGGCGAAGGCGGAAGCUCUCGCAAUGCCUGAUGUUCAAAUCAAAGAAGAGAAGCAGAAGGAAAACAGGAGGAGAAGAUCUACCAGUAACAAUUUCGGCCCAGGCUAUGGGUGGAAAUCCGUUAUUGUUCACAGCACUUCUUUUGGAAAAGAGGUCAGUGGAGACAAGAUAACGAAUAAAGGUCGAACACUAAUGUUACUGGACAGAGAAGCAGACACCUCUGGUGCGAAGAAAACUGCAGUGGAAGUACAACUAUGCCGAUACAUCGGGCUCCCGAUUGGCUUCGCAAUUGUACUUGCUGCAUGUGCAUGGCUCACACGAUGUUGGGAUAGAUGGCGGAAUAGACGGCAUGGUUAUGAACCUGUGGGAGGAGAAAAUAACCGCGAUGAAGAAGAACGUUCAAUUCCAGGACUUGGAGGAGCUACUGUCAGCAGCGAACGAUACCAGGACCCUGGAGGGCUCUUUCAAGGAGAUGGCGCUCAAACGCAACCGACGGACGAGGAUCCCGGACAAGCCCAACGACAGCCUCAACCUCUGGAGCAUGCCCAUGCCGAAGAUGGUCCAGAUAAAAUUACACAAGUAUUUGCGCGAUACACUGAUCUCCAGCUGUGCAGAGUUACGGAAUGCUACCAUGAAGAAUUGAAAUUGGCAAUUGAAGACGUCGUAGAGCACAUUUGUGAGUCGCUCCUCAGGGCAUGGCGGAUGUCAGAAAUAAACUUUGAGGAAAUCAGAAAGUUGAUUGGAAGAAAUCAAAGAAGCGAUGCCUCACAGCACAUUUUGGAAUCAGUACUUGGCGGAGAUACAGAGAACUGUAGAAUGUUCUGGAAUGUACUUCUCGAAAUGCAAAUAAACCAGCAGUAUCUGAUGAAGUUGUUGACGCAGGAUGUCGAGAUAGAUGUGAAACGUCGACACAGAUGCAAUCUCCGAAAUCAGAGUAGGAAACUGAACUUGCCCAAACCAUGUUUAAUUUCUGACAUCUACACUGAGCUAACGAUUACAGUGAUACAAGGUGAACCUCCAAAUUUAAUAGGAGAAACUAAUACACAUAUUUGCGAAGUUCAGCACCAUGAAUUAUUGAAACAAAACAACAGAGAUUCCGAUAUGUCGACGAUCAGCGUCGUCUACGGAGCUGCAGGAACUGGGAAAACGACACUGAUUCAGAAGUUGAUCUAUGACUGGGCGACAGGAAUGAAAUAUGAAGAGUUCAGUUUUGUCCUUCAUUUGAAAAUUCAGAAAUUAAAUGAAAUAAAAGGUCGCAUAACUUUAAGUAGAUUGAUAGUUGACACAUAUCCUUACUUGGAAAAUUAUCUGGAUCGUCUGUGGAAUGAACCCAAAAGAUUAUUGUUUAUAUUUGAUGACCUGGACCAAUUAUAUCGACUAUUUACUCUCUCUGAAACUGGUAGAAACAGCGAUUCACGAUACAGAUGUGUUGACACAGAAUCUGAAUCUUUUGUUUGCGAUAUCCUACGCUGCCUCCUACAGGGAGAAUUACUGAGUGGUUGCUCAGUGCUGAUCACAACCCGAGUUUGGAAACUGAAACUUCUGCAUCACGUAACAGCAGAUUCAACUUUCCAAGUUAUGGGAUUCACUUUUGAGAAAGCAAAAGAAUAUUUUCGCCGUUAUCUCCGCAAUGGACAGAAUGCAAAUGAAGUUGUGGAAUUCAUUGAGCAGAAUGAAUUAUUGUGGAAUAUGUGUAGUGACCCUCUAUUUUGUGUCACCCUCGCCUCGACACUGGAGUCUUUCCAGGCACAAGGAGAAGAGCAGGAAACAAACCUCAUCAUAAGCCAUACCAAGGUGCUCUCUGACUACGUCGCCCAUCUUGUCGCAAAAUGUGAUUACGAUGGUAACACACAUCGGAAGUGUUUAACUACAAUUGGUGAACUGGCAGAAAAGGGAAUUAAAGAAAACACCCUUUCGUUUGAAAGCUACACAUUAGGAGAUCCGGAUUCUUCGACUUCCAUGUUUAUCUCUGCAUUUAUGCACCAGGAUCCAGACAAAAAGAGUGGUAGUGUUAUUUACAAUUUCAGGCACUCCGUUUUACGCGACUUCCUUGCUGCACUUACCAAUGUCCUAAAUGCUUCAAUAUCUCGACUGAAACAGAUACUCGAUGAAAUAUCUAAUGACAUUACAGGGAGAUUCAGUACAUUUUCAAUUUUUCUUUUCGGCCUUUCUUCUCGGAAGUCAAGUGAUCGCCUAGAGUUGGAACUGCAUACAUUCCCUACUGAAGUUACUUCCUGUAUCUCCGACUGGCUCAGGAAUAGCGUCAGUAGACGCUUGAAGGACAUGGACAUGAAGCAUACUCAAAGAAUGUUUCUAUGCAUGCUGUACUGCUUAUUUGAAUUUGGAGACAAUGAAAUAAUGACAGAAGUGCUGAAUCCCAUUACAACCAUUAAAUUAAAUCACCUUCGUCUCAAAUCUCCCGACUGCAUUGUUUUAUCCAGAACUUUAAUCGCCCCUGAAGUGAUUCAAGAGCUGGACCUCAGCUCGUGCUUUGCGCAACCAGAGGAAAUUUGGAAACUGGAACAAGUGCUGUCCAGAUGUGUAAUUCUCAGAUUGAACCAGAAUAACCUACAGGAUUCUGGAGUGAAGCGUCUCUUCGAUGUUCUGAACCAGAGUAAUAUAAGAACGCUGACGCUGAAAUCUAACCAUCUUACAGACAAUUGUCUGGAGAGUGUCUUCGUUGCUCUCACUACGAAUCCUUCGCUGAUGCAGCUGAACCUGAGCAAUUCCAGUCAGGAUGGGGAACAGGUCAAUCAAUUUACUGAUGAAAAACUGCAAUACUAUUCUAAGAGAUCCACUCAGCAGAGAGAAAUCAAAUGGCUACGCAUUAAAGAUAUUGGACAAGACAUCGUACAGUCUGUCACUGAAUCAAAACGUUUAACCCUGAUAACAGAAUGAACGUUUAUAAAACUUUACAUUUGAUAUGGAACAGAACUGGAUAUGGGCAAUUUAGUUCAUCGCAGCCUGGCAAUAUUGCCACGACAUUCGACAUGGUAGAGAACUGAAAACUUAAAAGAAGUUCUUAAACUAGUUUGCAGUUUUGCUCUUUUGAAUUAAUAACAUACCGACGUUGGUAGAAUGGUGGAUUACGUACAUCACUCUAGCCAAUAGUAAUAGAAACAUAGAAACAUAGAAAAUAGGUGCAGGAGUAGGCCAUUCGGCCCUUCGAGCCUGCACCGCCAUUUAUUAUGAUUAUGGCUGAUCAUCCAACUCAGAACCCCGCCCCAGCCUUCCCUCCAUAUCCCCUGACCCCCGUAGCCACAAGGGCCAUAUCUAACUCCCUCUUAAACAUAGCCAAUGAACUGGCCUCAACAGUUUCCUGUGGCAGAGAAUUCCACAGAUUCACCACUCUCUGUGUGAAGAAGUUUUUCCUAAUCUCGGUCCUAAAAGGCUUCCCCUCUAUCCUCAAACUGUGACCCCUCGUUCUGGACUUCCCCAACAUCGGGAACAAUCUUCCUGCAUCUAGCCUGUCCAAUCCCUUUAGGAUCUUAUACGUCUCAAUCAGAUCUCCCCACAAUCUUCUAAAUUCCAACGAGUAUAAGCCCAGUUCAUCCAGUCUUUCUUCAUAUGAAAGUCCUGCCAUCCCAGGAAACAAUCUGGUGAACCUUGUUUGUACUCCCUCUAUGGCAAAGAUGUCUUUUCUCAGAUUAGGGGACCAAAACUGCACACAAUACUCCAGGUGUGGUCUCACCAAGGCCUUGUACAACUGCAGUAGUACCUCCCUGCUCCUGUACUCGAAUCCUCUCGCUAUAAAUGCCAGCAUACCAUUCGCCUUUUUCACCGCCUGCUGUACCUGCAUGCCCACUUUCAAUGACUGGUGUAUAAUGAUACCCAGGUCUCGUUGCACCUCCCCUUUUCCUAAUCGGCCACCAUUCAGAUAAUAAUCUGUUUUCCUAUUUUUGCCACCAAAGUGGAUAACUUCACAUUUAUCCACAUUAAAUUGCAUCUGCCAUGAGGAUUGCCCACUCACCCAACCUAUCCAAGUCACCCUGCAUCCUCUUAGCAACGUCCUCACUGCUAACACUGCCACCCAGCUUCGUGUCAUCCGCAAACUUGUAGAUGCUGCAUUUAAUUCCCUCAUCCAAGUCAUUAAUAUAUAUUGUAAACAACUGGGGUCCCAGCACUGAGCCUUGCGGUACCCCACUAGUCACCGCCUGCCAUUCUGAAAAGGUCCCGUUUAUUCCCACUCUUUGCUUCCUGUCUGCUAACCAAUUCUCCACCCACACCAAUACCUUACCCCCAAUACCGUGUGCUUUAAGUUUGCACACUAAUCUCCUGUGUUGGACCUUGUCAAAAGCCUUUUGAAAAUCCAAAUAUACCACAUCCACUGGUUCUCCCCUAUCCACUCUACUAGUUACAUCCUCAAAAAAUUCUAUGAGAUUCGUCAGACAUGAUUUUCCUUUCACAAAUCCAUGCUGACUUUGUCCGAUCAUAUGGCAAGCAUUUAAAGGUUGCAUGGAUGAACUACAACAAUUGUUCAUCCCAGUUUGGCAAAAGAAUAAAUCAAGGAAGGUAGUGCACCCGUGGCUGACAAGAGAAAUUAGGGAUAGUAUCAAUUUCAAAGAAGAAGCAUACAAAUUAGCCAGAGAAAGUGGCUCACCUGAGGACUGGGAGAAAUUCAGAGUUCAGCAGAGGAGGACAAAGGGCUUAAUUAGGAAGGGGAAAAAAAGAUUAGGAGAGAAAACUGGCGGGGAACAUAAAAACGGACUGCAAAUGCUUUUAUAGAUAUGUAAAAAGGGAAAGACUGGUAAAGACAAAUAUAGGUCCCCUGCAGACAGAAACAGGUGAAUUGAUUAUGGGGAGCAAGGACAUGGCAGACCAAUUGAAUAAUUACUUGGGUUAUGUCUUCACUAAGGAGGACAUAAAUAAUCUUCCAGAAAUAGUAAGGGGCAGGGGGUCCAGUGAGAUGGAGGAUCUGAGCGAAAUACAUGUUAGUAAUGAAGUGAGGGUUCUAUAAAUAGUGAAACGUAUACAAAGAUAGCAGAGAUCUGCAAAGUUUCUAACAUUCUUGGCCUUGCUUUACCUAUUUUAUAGUAAAUUGUAUUUUCUAAUCUGGUAUCAGGGUCUUAGAUCGAGGCAACACUCAUAACACGCUGGCGGAACUCAACAGGUCGGGCAGCAGCAGUGGAAAAGAUCCGUCUUUCUUUAUCGUUACCUUACUGGUUUUUCUCCUGGAACCUACCAGCCUUCUCCUUCCCACCCUCCCCCCACCUUCUUUAUAGGGCCUCUGCCCCUUCCCCCUACAGUCCUGACGAAGGGAUGCGGCCCGAAACGUCGACCGAUCUUUUCCACUGAUGCCUGACCUGUUCAGUUUCUCCAGCGUGUUGUGAGUGUUGAUUUGACCCCAGCAUCUGCAGAUUAUUUUGUAUCUUAGAUCGAGGCAUUACCCAGUGCUUGGAUAAUUGAAACACCGGCCCUGGCAGCCCGAAUUUCGGGGUCAGAGGAGAGGGUCCGGUUGAUUUAGCUCGAACUCCCGCAAUGUUCUGCCCUCUCUCCGGCGACUGUCUGUUCUGCGAAUUUUGCGGCUUUUUUGUGGCAUAAAUAUGAUCAACUGAGAUUAUCAUCAUCAGUCGACAUGGGCCUAAACCGGGUGCUACGUCGAGGCGAUCUUAGGAAUCAAUAUGGUUCGAAAUGUCCUUUGCAUCAUGUGUGCGGCUCUUCCCUUUCUUUUAUGCGUCUUUCUUCCUUAAUUGCCUUCUUCGCGUUUUUUGCUUUGUGACUGUCUUUAAGUAAACAAAUCUUACCGUGUAUAAUUUUAUACAUUAUUUGAUUAUAAAUGUAUUUGAAUCUUACGUCUCAAAUUUUGUUGUCAACCUUUGUAUCAAAGCUGUGUGCAGGUAAUAAUUAAAAAUCAGGAGGAAAUCCGCAGGUGCUGGGAAUCCAAUCAGCAUACACCAAAUACUGGAGGAGUUCAACAGGCCAGGCAGCAUCUAUUGAAAAGAGGAAACGGGGGACGGUUGGGGCCGAGACUGUUCAGCAGGACUGCAUAAAAAAAAAAAGAAAGAUGAAGAGUUAUGGUUAAAAGGUGCAAGGAGGGGUGGAAGCAACACAAUUUGAAAGGUGAACCUGGGAGAGUAGAUGGGGAGAGUAAAGAGCUGACAACUUUAUUGUUGAAACAGAUACAGGGCUGCAUAAGAGGGGAUCUAAUAGGAGAGGACAGAAGGCCACGGAAGAAAUAAAAAGGGGAGAAGCACCAGCACAAGAGGAAGGCGAUGGGCAGGCAAGGACAUAAGGUGAGAUAGGGAGAAGGUUGGGACUGGAGAAGGGGUGGGGGUUCUCAUCAAUGGGUUCCAGAAAUUGAUGUUCAUGACGUCAGGUUGGAAGCUUCCGAGAUAAAAUAUAAGAUGUUGCUUCCACAUCUUUCGAGCCAUUCAUCCCUCCCCGCUGAUCUCCCUCCUGACACUUAUCCGAAGAGACAGGUAUUGCUUUAAUGUUAUUUUUCCUGGCAGAUUGACAGAAGGUAGUCCGGAUCAAAUUGUACAAACAUUGGAUAGAAUCACCGAUCUCCAGCUGCACAAUACUUCGUUAAACGGCCAUUAGCGACUGGAAUCGGCAAUUAAAGAUGUCGUGGAGAACAUUAGUGAGUCGUCAUAAGUGAAGGAAUUAAACCUCGAGCAAUACAUAACGUCUUUAGGCGUGCUAUAUUAAGGCAGAUCUACGACAUAUUGUGAAGUCUGCUUAAACUUUGCCAAUGAACAAUGUAGCCAUUAUUACUAAUUGUCAGAUUUAUUUUCAAAAGCAAAUUGUUAAUAUGAAAAUUAUAAUCCUUGUUUUGAAGCUGAAACUUCAAGCCAACAUCUUUUGUGCAUUGCUGUGUUUACCUGUUUGCAGGUCGAGGUGUUCCGCCAGACGAUCAGAACGGUAGGUAUAAGUGGUGGUAGUGUGGCAAUUGCCGGCUGCUCCUUCCAUAAGACCAUAAGAUAUAGGAACAGAAGUAAGGCAUUCGGCCCGUCGAGUCUGCUCCUCCAUUCAAUCAUGGGCUGAUCCAAUUCUUCCAGCCAUUCCCACUUCACUGCCUUCUCCCCAUAACCUUUGAUGCCCUGGCUAAUCAAGAAUAUAUGCAUCUCUGUCUUAAAUACACCCAAUGAUUUAGACUCCACAGCCGCUCGUGGCAGCAAAUUCCACAGAUUUACCACCCUCUGACUACUACACAGGUAUAUGGAGGAAUUUAAGGUGGGGGGGUGGUUAUAUGGGAGGUAGGGUUUGAGUUGCGGUACAACAGUGUAGGCCGAAGGGCCUGUAAUGUGCUGUACUAUUCUAUGUUCUAUGUAAAGUAAUUUCUUCGCAUCUCUGUUCUAAAUGGAUGUCCUUCAAGCCUAAAGUCGUGCCCUCUUGUCCCAGACUCCCCUAGCAUGGGAAAUAACUUUGCUAUAUCUAAUCUGCUCAGUCCUUUUAAUAUUCCGAAUGUUUCGAUGAGGUGACCCACAUUCUGCUGUACUCCAGGGAAUACAGCCAGGUGUUCCUCAUACGCUAACCCUUUCAUUCAGGCAACGUUUGCUUGAAUCUUCUCAGAACCCUCUCCAAUAUCAGUAUAUUCUUUCUAAAAUAAGGAACCCAAAACCGCUUCAGAAAACUCCAAGUGUGGUCUCACAAGUGCCUUAUAGAGCCUCAACAAGCACUCCUCCCGCACAAGGGCUCCUAAGUCCCUUUGCAUCUCUGGAUUUUGAAUUCUCUCCCCAUCUAAAUAAUAUUCUGCCCGUUUAUUUCAUUCAGCAAAGUCGAUGGUCAUUCCAUUUUAUUUCAUUUACUACUACUUUGCUCAUUCCCCUGAACUAUCUAAGUCUCUCUGCUUCCUCAGGACUACCCGCUCCUCUACCUAUCUUUGUAUCAUCGGAAAAAAUACUCACAAAUUCAUUAAUACCAUAACCCUUAUAAUCAUUGACAUACAUCGUAAAAAGCAGCAACACCGACCCCUGUGGAUCUCCAGUGGUAACCGGCAGCCCGCCAGAAAUGUUUCCCUUUAUAUGCACUGUCUGUUUUCUGCCGAUCAGCCAAUGCUCCACGCAUGCAAGUAACCUCCUUGCAAUUCCAUGGGCUCCUAUCUUGCUGAGCAGCCUAAUAUGUCUCACCUUGUCAAACGC